CAUUUUCCAAGUAAUUUAUGAGAGGUACGGUACUGAUCGAUCAAUAAUGGCUAUUCCAGACGAAGACAACUUGGUCUUCUUGGCAACUUCAUAGAACUUCUUGGCGACUUAAUUAAUUUUAGAAGGACGCGGUAAUGGCGUACUAUACGUUGUAUAAAUUAAGCGGGCCGGGGCUUGGGGCUUAUAUCUAGCCGCUUAACAAUUCCGUCAUCCAUGGCGGUGAAAAUGGUAUUUCAGAUCAUGAUUGUGCUCUUGUGUUCAAUUGAUGCAAUACUAUAUGUACAAGCAGCGGGUUUAGCAAUUAAUAGUUCAUGUCAAGCAAAAAGCUGUGGGAAUCUUAGCAAUAUCCCAUACCCUUUUGGAAUAGGAGUGUUAGAGAUAAUAUAUUUAGUUUUCUUUCAAGGAGCUGGUUGCUACCUUGAUCGCUGGUUUGAAGUAGUUUGCAUGAAUGACUCUUCGGGCUCUCCCAAACCUUUCUUGAGUAGCUUCGGCCUGGAGGUGCUCAACAUUUCUUCAAUAGAAGGCGCUUAUGAUUCAGGAAGCAGUACAGUUCGAGUCAAUUAUCCGACAUUUUCUACUUGUACUAAUAGUUCAAGCAGAAAACAAAAUGUAGAGCUAGCAAACAGCUCUUUCAUCUUCUCCCAGUUCCAUAACAUAUUCGUCGCCAUGGGUUGCGAUAACUCUGCCUCAAUGAGGUCCUCAGACAAUGGUUCAAUGAUUGGGUGCAUGUCAAGAUGUGAUUCGAGUAAAGUAGUGAUAAAUGGUAGUAGUUGCAAUGGCACUAACUGCUGCCAAACCACAAUUGCUUCAGAUGUCAAUGUGUUCGAGACAACUAUAGAUCCAAUUAAAAAAAUUAGCGACCCUGCAGUCAGCAAAGAAUGCAAUUCUGCAUUCUUGGUAGAAGAAAAGUGGUUCAGGGAAAGUGGUUCAUUAAUAAAUAUGUCCUCCAUUAUGUCGCACGUUCCUGUGGUGUUGGAAUGGAUGAUUCUUGAGACAUCAUUCAACACACUUCCAAUAGCCAAUAAGACCGCAGAAAAUACAGAAGAGUACUUUUGUUUUAAUUAUAGUUAUAUUUCAGCGAGUAAGCACCAGCCCUCUUUUACAUGUUAUUGCCGAAGGGGCUUUGAAGGAAAUCCCUAUCUUCUCGGAGGAUGUGGAGGUAAAAUAUUUACGAAUGCGAGGAACCGGGCGGAGUCAAAUGUUCCAAUAAUGGAUACUGCGUAA